AUUAGUUUUAUGGUCAGGAUUGAAGUGGCUGAGAGGGUCCAAAGGUACCAGCAGCCUUCUGAACAUCGCCAACAGAUGUAAGCGCCUGCAUGUGGAUUUCUGGAAAUCCAGGUAUGGGACAACUGGCAGCAGUCAUCUUCAUCUUGGUAUUGGUAUCUGCACACCAUCUCACUGCAGGUGAUGGCCAUGAUCCGUUGCUUGUCUUGGAUGGUUAUGAGGAUGACGGUAUCAGACUCAAAUGUUUCUCUGUGAGGUCGUUUUCUGAAGUCCAGGUGUUGUGGACAGAUGGUAGGGGAGGUAAUCUCACUGGGACUCCUCUCACCACUGACACCACCACUGCUAAUGCCAGCAGCUCCAUCGUUCUGAAACCAGAAUCUGGAAACUCUGUGUCCUGCAAAAUAAUUGAUAAACUGCUGAAAACAUCGACAGAAUCUUCAGUUGUCAUUGCAAAUGUCUUCUUUCCUGCCACCUCCCCUUGGCUGGCGGCUUUCAUCGUGAUCUUGCUCUUGGGCAUAUUCCUGGUUAUUGCUGCAAUUUAUAAACUCAGAAAGAACAGUAAGAUUACUACUCGUGAAAAAAAUGCACAAGAGGAAUUACAAAAAGAGAUAGAUGAUAUCAAAGAGGAACUGGAGGAUGAAGAGGAGAGAUUUCAGAAGGAAAAUCAAGAUAUGUUGACCAGAAUUGAAAACGUCCAGAAUGAACUGGAUUUCAGAAGAGCUCAAAGCAAUGCAGUUAAUAUCACUCUGGAUGAGAAGUGCAAACAUCCCAGCCUCAUCAUUAAGGAUAAAAACAGAGUCAUGUCCUCCACCCAGAAGGAGAUCCUGCCCAAACCGAUGGUAGUAGCCACUAAAGGGUUUUCAGAGCAGAAACAUUACUGGGAAGUGGAGGUGGGAGACAAAUCAGAGUGGGAGCUGGGUGUGGUGUGUGAGGAAAUUAGAAAUACACUGAGGAGCAGCUCAAGCAAUACUUUCCCAAAGGAGAAUUUACUCAGUCUGCGGUUUUCUCAGGGAGAAUACACUACAACUGGUGGGACUGAUGCGAGCAAUUGCAAGCCCUGCAGUGUGGUAGGUGUUUUCCUGGAUCAGGACCGUGACACGCUUUCAUUCUUUGAUGUUGAAGAAAAGUGCCUUCUUGUGUCUCUCCCUGUUGAGCUUUCUGGGAAUCUGUACCCAUUCUUCAGUCCAGGCUCUGAUGGCAAAUGGUUGGGAGUACGCCCUGUAUAUACUUAAAACACAUUACCCUCUCUGUGACAUCCUUCCACAGCUCCAGGAGGAGAUUAAUAAAUUAAUAAUGUAGUGAAUCACAGAGGACGUGAAAGCAGAGAGGAAGGAAAAAAAGGAAUAUCAGCUUUUAAAACCAUGGUCAAGAAGGAAACAGUCUCUGAAGUGCUUCUUCGGGAUUCGUCUUGUACUAUGGAACUAAUUUUGUAAAAACCCAGAUCUGUUAAAUGUUGCAAUUUUAAUCCAUUCUGCCUGGACUAAACAAACACGGAUUUAUUUCAGUUUUUG